AUGAACUUAUGUUUCACAUUGUUACCUUGUGUCUGGUCAUAUGAUGGGAUGACGAAAAGGAUUUGGUCAGACGACAGAAUGGGUGCCGGGGUUUCUUCCAAUGAAUAUCCAAAUGUGGAGGUUCAAAAUUAUCCAGGAGUUAUUAUAAAGGAGAGACGUAAGAUGCGUAUGUCUGGUUUUGCUACUUUGCGAAAGAAGCUUAUUAAGCGUCGUCGGUACUCCAAGGUGUGCAAUCAUGGUCGUAUCAUAAGAGAAUUAAUAUCUGAUUGGUCACCAGCUGAAGUUACUGCUUUACUUGAAGAAUAUGAAGCAUUGGCUGCCCUUAAAGACUUGUCUGUACAAGCAGAACUAGCAAGACCUCCAGCUGCUACAUUUAAACAAGAUUUAUCUACUCUAUAUGACCAUAAGUAUUGUACAGACGUCGAUCUCAUUUUUCGUGGUGUUUGUUUCCCAGUACAUAGAGCAAUACUGUCAGCUCGUUGUCCAUAUUUUCGUGAAUUGCUUUUAGGGUGUCCUGGUUAUGGGGCACGUAUUUGUUUAGAUUUGAGAACGCCUGGUGUGGAUAUAGACAUGUUUUCAGCAUUAUUACGUUUUUUAUACACUGGCGAUAUAGCUCCAAGAGAUGGAGAUAUAGACUUAGCAUUAUUGAGGAGACUUGGUGAUGAACUUGGUACACCAAAUGUGUUAGAAAAUGAUUUAAGAUACCUGUUGGAAACUGGUGACUAUGCAGAUGCUGCACUUGUGUUUAUUCCAGAAGGAUAUUCAGAUCGAAGGCCAGAAUCUACUGGAUCUGAAUAUGGUUUUCAGCCUAAACUGGAAUUGCCUUGUCAUAAAUCUAUUCUUAGUGCUAGGUCGCCAUUUUUUAGGAAUCUUAUUCAACGAAGGACUAAAUCUGGUGAAGAACAUACUGAAAGAGCUUUACAUAUUCCUACAAGGAUAGUACUAGAUGAGUCAGUUAUUCCAAAACGAUAUGCAAGAGUACUGUUACAUGCAAUUUAUUUAGAUACAGUUGAUUUGUCUUUGAUACUUAGAGGUUCUGGGUGUGGUUCUUCUGCUGGCAGUUUAAGUGAAGUUGAAGCUCUAACUAAUACAGGACGUGUUAGGCCAAGUCCUUUAGACGAAGCUAUGGAAUUGUAUCAGAUUGGUCGUUUCCUAGAAUUAGAAAUAGUGUCCCAGGGUUGUGAGGAUCUUAUCUUAGAAUGGCUAACACUUGAGUCACUUCCAGGAGUGCUUAGGUGGGGAAGUUUGCCGCACGGGUCAGCUUGGGUUCAUCGCCAAGCAAAGCAUUUUUUACGUGAAGAAUUUUCUCAAGUUGCUAAUAGUCCUGUUUUGUACCAACUCGACAAAGCUCAUCUCAUAGACUGUUUAAAGAGUAAUUUCUUACAAACAAGUGAACUUGAAGUUUUACAAGCGGUUCUCAAAUGGGGUGAACAUGAAUUGAUUAGACGCAUGGAAGACAGAGAACCAAAUUUAGUAAGUCAAACAACACAUUCUGUUAGCCGAAAAGGUGUAAAGAAACGAGAUUUAAGUGAUGUAGAACUUCGUGAAAUAUUAUCUGAACUCUUACCUUUGGUGCGUAUGGAUCAUGUUAUCCCCACAGAACAUGAGACUUUGACCCAAGCGAUAAGAAGAGGUUUAGUGAGUUCACCACCCAGCCAUAUGAUUGGUAAUGAUUCACCAAUAUUGUCUCAUCAUAUGUCCAGAAUCAAUGCUUGGAUUAGACAUCCAUCUGGGCUUUAUGUGAGACCUAGGUUAUUUAUUCCAUACUAUGAUGAAAUUAAAUCAUUAUUUGAAGAUCAAAUGUUAAGAGAGGACGAGGAACUUGUACGCCGAACAAGAUAUAUGCCUGAUGGUAUACCUGACACUUUGUAUAUGAUAGAUGAAAAGCCUACUCCAUCAUCAUAUGGUCUUUCAUCUCUUGAUGUCUUAACAGCUUCAAUACCAACACCAGAUGUGUCAACCAUGAAUGCUAUGGUUAAACGUGACCAGAAACUGAGAUCUGCCCCUGGUUGUCAACGCGCAAUAUCACUGCCUUUAUCUAGUCGACAAGAAAUCAAUCAUCAAAUUAGAUUAAGAGUUGUUCGGGAGUUCAAUUUACCAGACCCUGUUGCUUAUCUUUUAGAGAAAGCUGCUAGUUCUGUAUGCUACUGUGGUGGAGGUCCUGAUGAUAAACCAAAAGAAAGUACAAGAUCUCGAAGCAGUCGCACAAGAAAAGAAAAACGAAAAGGUUUAGGAACUAGCACCUUACCAUCCAUGUACGCACAACAGAAAUUGAGAAAACAACAUAGACCAUAUGUUGUAAAUGAUAUGGCGUCAUCUUUACGAUACACUAAUAAUAUCAGAUAUGAAGAUGAUGAUUUUGAUGGCCGAGGAGAGCAAGUAAUCAUGCCUGACGUUGCAGCUGUAUCACUCUCUUUAGACCAAUUAAACAUAUGUCCAAUUCUUGGCCCCGAAGUUGAGUUGAGAUUAGACUUGGGCGAUAGUUCGCCCAAUCAGUCGCCAUAUAAAACACCUCCUCCUCCUAAACAUUUCAUUUAG